GCACGAUAAACCCGAUUAGUUUGUGACAGGGAGAAGUUGAACUCUCUUUAUUAAAUCUGACAGGCAGCCAUCCGUCAACGUCUCAGGAUACCACACACAGGGACAGCAGCUCAACCGACUGUACAAGGGAACAAUCAAAACAACACUUUUCUCCAUCAAGAUGUCAAACUCUGGCGGUCGGAGACUGAAGCAGUGGCUGGUGGAGCAGAUCCAGAGCGGGCAGUACUCUGGGCUGCAGUGGGAGGAUGAGAGCCGCACUAUGUUCCGAAUUCCAUGGAAACACGCAGGGAAACAGGAUUAUAACCAAGAAGUAGACGCGUCCAUUUUUAAGGCCUGGGCUGUGUUUAAGGGCAAGUUUAAGGAGGGGGACAAGGCCGAGCCUGCAACAUGGAAGACCAGACUCCGCUGUGCCCUGAAUAAAAGCCCUGACUUUGAGGAGGUGGCAGAAAGAUCGCAGCUAGACAUCUCUGAGCCCUAUAAAGUCUACCGCAUUGUACCCGAGGAAGAGCAGAAGAAUGGCAAAAGCUCAGUGAUGACCAUGACAGCUACCAUGAGCUCUGGCGAUAUCACUGACAUGGACUGCAGCCCUGCAGAGAUAGAGGAGCUCAUUAAAGAGGAGGAAGGCUGUAGUAUUCAGGCCAGUCCAGAGUAUUGGUCCCAGGGCAGCAUCAAUGCUUUCCCUCUGCAUCAGGACCCUUUGCCAUCAGGCAAUCUCAGCUCAGCUUUCUCCCAGAUGAUGAUCAGUUUCUACUAUGGAGGAAAACUGAUGCACACCACACCUGUUACUCAUCCUGAAGGCUGCCGGAUCUCCCCACAGCAGCACCUGGGUCGUGGAGCUCUAUACAGUUCAGACAGCAUGCAGAGUGUUCAUUUCCCUCCUGCUGAGCACAUCGAGUACGACCGCCAGCGCCAUGUCACACGCAAGCUCCUUGGCCACCUGGAGAGAGGUGUACUGGUCCGUGCAAACCAAGAGGGCAUCUUCAUCAAGAGGCUGUGCCAGAGCCGAGUCUUCUGGAGCGGGCUAGGAGAAGGGGGCUCACAAUACAGCCCCAUGCCUUGUAAACUAGAGAGGGAUGCUGUAGUCAAGAUUUUUGACACAGGGAAGUUUCUUCAAGCUCUACAGCUGUACCAGGAGGGGCAGUUUCCUGCUCCUGAUCCGGCAGUGACUCUGUGUUUCGGUGAGGAGCUGCAUGAUCUGAGCAAUGCCAAGAGCAAACUGAUCAUUGUGCAGAUCACUAUGGUGAACUGCCAGCACCUGCUGGAGGCAGUAAACAUGCGUCGCUCCCAGCCCUACUGCAACAACCCAAACCUGGAGAUGUCUGAUAAUUUGGCGAUGGACCAGAUGGCCCGCAUCUACCAGGACCUGUGCAGCUACAGCGGCCCCCAGAGGCCAGCCUGCUACAGGGACAUGUCGAUCACUGCCUGAAUUGUGAGCAGCAACACACCUGCCAGGAGCUCUUCAGCGUGGACCACACACAAUGUACAACAUAUUAGGGACAUUUCAUAUUCUCAUACCAUGACAAGGUAAUUUAGGUUAAAGCCAGUAUCAUAGUUGGUUUUGACUGUUUAAGUUUAUACCAAUCACAGUGUAGACAUAUAAGGAUAAGGAUAUAUAAAUAGGAGCAAAGCUCUUACAGUAAAACUUUUAAAAUGCAGCUCAAUAUUAGGAUAUCCCUAAUAGUUUGUAUAUCAGUAAUGUUUGUUUUUGUACUUACAGCGCUAACAUGAACUCUGUGUCUAACUCCUGCUUUUUUAUUAUAAGAGAAUGUUAUCAUCUAAUUCAAGAGAAAAAGUGGUAUAUUUUUAUAUGUUACACACAACUCAAGAAUAGAUUAUAUAUAUACAACUCUGAGAAUGUUCUUGGUAUAUACAAUUUAGUUCUCAAAGCUGAAUUCACUUGUUUGUUUUGCCUUUGACAUGGAUGUUGGUUGGAGGAGAUAUUUCAGAUAUUUUUCUAUUUUUACAGUAAAUGAAAAAUCAUUGUAAAAAUUGCAUUGAAUUUUAGAUGCAAUGUUGCAUUAUAUAUAGAUAGGUUAUACUAUCAGAUUGUUUUUUUAUAAACUGCCUUUCCAGUAAAAUUAAGUUUGUACUAAACUGCACGUGCUUCU